GAAAAAGUUUAUAUAGAGAAAGAAUCGCUAUUUGAAUUCAAAUAAGAACUGUAUAGGCCAAGAAUAGCAAAGGCAAAAUGACUAACCCAAGAACUUUAUACGAUAAAGUUUUCGACGAUCACGUUGUUCAUAAGGACGAAUCGGGAUCAUACUUAUUAUAUAUUGAUAGACAUUUAGUUCAUGAAGUUACAUCUCCACAAGCGUUUGAAGGCUUGAAGAACGCCGGUAGACCAGUUAGAAGAACCGACUGUACUUUGGCUACCGUUGAUCAUAAUAUUCCAACGAUUUCUCGUGCUAAUUUCAAGGACACUGAUACUUUUAUUGAACAAGAAGAUUCCAGAUUACAAGUUAAAACAUUGGAACAAAAUGUUAAGGAUUUUGAUGUUACUUUCUUUGGGAUGAGUGAUAGCAGACAAGGGAUUGUUCAUAUUGUUGGACCGGAACAAGGAUUCACAUUACCGGGUACCACGGUUGUUUGUGGUGAUUCUCAUACUUCAACUCAUGGUGCCUUUGGUGCAUUAGCCUUUGGUAUUGGUACUUCAGAAGUUGAGCAUGUUUUAGCUACCCAAACCAUUAUUCAAGCCAAGUCCAAAAAUAUGAGAAUCACCAUUGAUGGUGACUUACUGGAAGGGAUCACUUCAAAAGAUUUGGUUCUUCAUGUUAUUGGAGUUAUUGGUACUGCUGGUGGGACCGGUACUGUUAUUGAAUUUGCUGGUAAAGCCAUUGAAAACUUGUCGAUGGAAGCAAGAAUGUCUAUUUGUAAUAUGGCCAUUGAAGCCGGUGCUCGUGCUGGUAUGAUUAAACCAGAUCAAACUACUUUUGAUUAUAUUAAAGGUAGACCUUUAGCUCCAAAAGGUGAUGAAUGGGAAAAAGCUCUCAAGUAUUGGAAAUCUUUACAUUCUGAUGAAGGUGCUCAUUUUGAUUAUGAUAUUAAAAUUAAAGCUUCCGAUAUUGUCCCAACAAUCACUUGGGGUAAUUCUCCUCAAGAUGCUUUACCAAUUACUGCCAGUGUUCCAGAUCCUUCAAAUGUUAGUGAUCCAAUUAAAAAAUCCGGGAUGGAAAGAGCUUUGAAAUAUCAAGGUUUAACUCCAAAUACUCCUUUUAAAGAAAUUAAAAUCGAUAAAGCUUUUAUUGGUUCUUGUACUAAUGCUCGUAUUGAAGAUUUAAGAGCAGCAGCAAAAGUUGCUAAAGGUCAUAAAAAAGCUGAUAAUGUUAAAUUAGUUUUAGUUGUUCCUGGUAGUGGAUUAAUUAAACAACAAGCUGAACGUGAAGGUUUGGAUAAAAUUUUUGAAAAUGCUGGAUUUUCCUGGAGAGAAGCUGGUUGUUCAAUGUGUUUAGGUAUGAAUCCUGAUAUCUUGGAUCCUGAAGAAAGAUGUGCUUCUACUUCUAAUAGAAAUUUCGAAGGUCGUCAAGGGGCUGCUUCAAGAACUCAUUUAAUGUCUCCUGCAAUGGCUGCAGCUGCUGCAAUUAAGGGUCAUUUCACUGAUAUUCGUGAAUAUGAUUAUGAUUUAACUGAUGAACCUUCGAUUGCUAUUCAAGCUGAAGAAGAUAAAGAAUUACAAGAUGCUGUAUACGAACAUGAAAAACAACCAAUUGAAUCUAAUCCAUCUUUAGAAGAUGAUAGAUUAAAUGAUAUUCCAAAAGAACCAGAACAAAAAAAGACUAAAGUUGCUGGUGCUCCUUCUGCUGCUGGUGGUAUGGAUAAAUUCACUACUUUAACCAGUAUUGCUGCUCCUUUAGAUAAAGCUAAUGUUGAUACUGAUGCUAUUAUUCCAAAACAAUUUUUGAAAACUAUUAAACGUACUGGUUUGAAAAAUGGUUUAUUCUAUGAAUUAAGAUUUGUUAAAGAUCCAGCCACUGGUAAAGACGUUGAAACCGAUUUUGUUUUAAAUGUUGAACCUUAUCGUACUUCUGAAAUCUUAUGUGUCACUGGUGAUAACUUUGGUUGUGGUUCAAGUAGAGAACACGCUCCUUGGGCUUUAAAAGAUUUUGGUAUCAAAUGUAUUAUUGCUCCUUCUUUUGGUGAUAUUUUUUAUAACAACACCUGUAAAAAUGGUUUAUUACCAAUCAGAGUACCUCAAGAUAUCAUUGUUUCUAAAUUGCAUCCAAUUGCUACUGCUGGUAAAAAACUCACUGUUGAUUUACCAAAUCAAAAAAUUUUAAAUGCUGAAUCUGGUGAAGUUUUAGUUGAUCAUUUUGAAAUCGAAGAAUUUAGAAAACAUUGCUUAGUUAAUGGUUUGGAUGAUAUCGGAUUAACUUUACAAAAAGAAGAUUUCAUUUCUAAAUACGAAGCCCAAAGAAAAGACCGUUUCUCCUUCUUAGAAGGUGGUUCUAAGUUAAUUAAACCAAUUAAAGGUGCCAAAAAAUCUUUAUAUGGUGUUAAGGCCCAAGAAUGGUAA